CCCUCCCCGUAAUGUUGGCCGGGCUCUCGCCUGCGGGCAUGGUGUCGCUGCUGCGCCUUUCCCCAGGGAUCGCGGCCCAGGAGGUGGCAGCAGCAGCGGUUGUGAGAGAGGCGCUGGACGGGCCUGCUCUGCAGCCUCUCUGAAUGAUCGACGGUUUCCGUCGGGCAAUCGGUCCCAUUGCUUCAGAAUUCAAUGGAGCGCUGAAAGCACUCCAGAAACUCAAGCAUUUGCACGAUGAAUCUAGUUCGACUUGUCUGUCGCCACAAAACAGCUCUUGGUGUUGCAACCCUCUCCUUGUUUGCACUGAUGCUGCUUUACUUGGCUAAAUGCACCUCGGAAACAUUGAAGACCCCAGGCUUACCUCAUGGGGUCGAAAGACAGAGCGACAGUCAAGGCCACAGCAGAACCAAAGGCCUGUCUGCUUUCCUUGUGCUGAUGAUCACCACUGGCCCCAAGUACACUGAGAGGAGAAGCAUCAUCAGGAGCACGUGGCUGGCCAACCGGGACCCGGAAAUCCUCCCUUACUUUGCCAUCGGCACCAGUGGGCUUGCGGCAGAGGAAGUUCAAAAUUUGGAGCAAGAGAAUGCUCGGCACCGUGACCUCCUGCUGCUCCCGGACUUGAAGGAUUCCUAUGAAAACCUUACCAACAAGAUCCUUCACAUGUAUGCUUGGGUAGACCAAAACGUCGACUGUAAGUUUGUGUUGAAAGCAGAUGAUGACACUUUUGCCAGGUUAGAUAUCAUUAAGGAAGAACUGAAGGCAAAAGAGCCAAAGAAACUCUACUGGGGUUUCUUUUCUGGACGAGGAAGGGUUAAGUCUGGGGGAAAAUGGAAGGAGAGCACUUGGGUUCUGUGCGACUAUUACUUGCCCUAUGCUCUAGGGGGUGGAUAUAUUCUGUCUGCUGAUUUGGUGCACUAUAUUCGAAUUAACAUUGAUUAUUUGAAGGUAUGGCAGAGUGAGGAUGUCUCUUUGGGGGCCUGGCUAGCACCAGUAGAUGUCAAACGCCUGCAUGAUCCACGGUUUGAUACAGAGUACAAAUCGCGUGGGUGCAAUAACAAGUACAUUGUGACGCACAAACAGAGCAUUGAGGAUAUGCUGGAAAAGCAUCAGACACUCCAAAGAGAAGGGAAACUGUGCAAAGAAGAAAUUAAAGCACGACUGUCAUAUAUUUAUGAUUGGUACGUCCCACCGUCCCAGUGCUGCCAGCGAAAAGAUGGCAUACCCUGACACUACAACGUAGCGCCGGAGAGGAGGAGACAGUGAGAUCUGCAUGGUGAUUUCAAAACAGUAAUGUGGAUAUGUGUUAAUGCAGGACAUUUCUCCUGAAAGGAGCUCCAGCAUCGACAUGGCACCUACUCAGUAUUUCUGACCGUAACAUUAAUACCAAGUCUGCAAAUUCGAGAGGUUAAAACUUGUACCUUGAGUGGUUUUUCUCCAGAAAGCACAAAGUUGCUGUUCUCCCUGAUCAGAGUACAGAUUAGCUCAAUGUAGUGCCAAGGGUUCAAUUCCUGUUUGGGUUUUAAAUUUUGGUCACUUUUUCUCCCAUUGUUUCCCUGUGCGAAGGAAACACCAAAGAACACCUGGUGUUCCUAAUCCUAUCUCAUUAUGGCAACGUGAGCAGAGUUCACAGAUAGUUCCAUUGGUCUUACAGUAUGUUGUAUUUAAUUGCACAAGAGUCUGAAGUUCUGGGAUUUGUGUGUAAUCCCAUUAUAGUAAAAGUAAUUUUAUUGUAUUCAUGUAUGUACAUAUGUAUCUGUAUGCCUGUGUUGUGCAUAAGUGUGUGUGUGUGUGUGUGUAAAGAUUUAUAGGCUGCUUAUAUAAGUAGAAGCCUUUAAAGUGGUUCCAAGCCAUGUAUUUCAUCACAGCUUGCUCCCAUCUAACUGGCGCUAGUUAGAAUUCUCCCUCAUCUGACCAGGUAGCAGGAAGAAACAUUUCCUGAAGUAAGAGUUGCAAAAAAAGGCUUUUUUUAAAAAAAAACUUGAGAAUGUCUAGGAAGUGUUUUACCUUCCCUGACCUUUUGCUGCCUUGCUAACCUUUUAAAAAUAGUCACCCAGGUACAGUUUUUGUGUUAACAAUUUACAAUACAGGAUUUUUUUGAACUCGUCCAACUAAAUUUGCAUGGAGAUUGUUUGCCUGUGUCUAGAGUCCUGGUGUUGCGUGAUUAGCUGCUGGUAUUGUUGUGCUUUUCUCUUUAACUUGGUGCAGAAUCAUUUCACCUUUGAAGUAGAGCUUUGCUGGGCAUUGGGGGGAAAAAGUAGUUUUGCUGGUUCAGCUGUAGGAGACCGAGCUCCAUUCUGUUCUCUGGAAAUAUGAGAAUCUACAGUGAGAACCCAUCAGUGCCAGGCUUUUGCUGGGCCGAUUUCCACCACCUGGAGUCAACAUUUUUUGGUUUAAUAAUAGUUCUGGUGCUUUAGAAAUUGUUAUUAUUGACAAUUAACAGUGUUAGGCAACAAUUUAAUACAAACACUGCAACAAUCCUGGUGUGUCCUAUAAUAAUCUACUGUACUUAAUCCUGAGGAUAUAUUUUCCCCCAGCCAGUGCUGUAAAUUAUAAAACAUUCAGAAAAAUUCCGAGUAUCCAUGUUUGACAUUUUACCGUUCUGCCGACGUGUAUUUUUAAGAAAUUGAGAACCUUCCAAAUUGAGAAAAGAUACAGAUUUGUUACAGUACUGAACAACAUAUGAUUCUUAUAACGAGUGUGACUUUGUGUAGAAGUAAAUUAUUCUUUUUUUGAAAAUAUCAUUCCUUCUGCUCAGAAUGCCAAGUAAAAAGAAUCGGUAUUUGAGCUUAGAGAGGCAAUCUGAGCUAGGUUGUUUUUGUGUUUUUUUAAUCGAUGCCAAAAAUUAGUGCACAAUUCCAAUCCAUUACAGUUGUCCAGCCCAAGAGUAUUGUUCAUGUUGCAGCCUUCCAAUUAGAAUCAGGCUGCUUGCAUGUUGCAAUCCAAGUCUUACGUAGCAGAUGACCAUUGAAAUUGAGAGUUCCAUCACACACAAGCACCUUUUGAUCAAUGACAUGACAGGCAGGGUCUGGUAAGUUAUGUUACUCAGUGGCUUAAUAUCAGGAAACAUAUACCUUGUGUACUCUGAGCACUGGUCUGCACAUUUACGGUCCAGGACUGUGAUUGGUGACAAUUUCAGAAGCACAGCUGGCCACAUGGGUGAAAAAGACAAUGUGGACACCAUUUUGGGGACUGUGUAGUUUUUUUUUAUGCAAAACUGCUGAGUAAUUUUUGGUGGAAUUUCCCAUGACAAAUCACAUCCUUUACUAUUCAUUGAGAACUUACAAUUAAAGUGGCUAGCCCCAAGGAGAAAGCUUUUACGUUGGGAUCAGAGUGGACAAAUAAUACAAAAACAAAUGAAUCACUGUGUCUUCGAACUUUGACCUAGCAAACAUUUUUCUUAGACGCAGGUCUCAAAGUGCAUAGAUUAGGAAGAUCAUUGUUUGUUCCAAAUGUGCUUCUGCUCUCGCACAACUUGAGAAGAUCGUGUAAAUCAGGGCUUGAGUUCUUGCGCUUCUUGUCUUGUGUUGGAAAUGUUAAACUGUAUAUGUACUUACUUAACUCAGCAAGGCCAAGCUGAUGGACUUGUACUGUGUACCUCUCUCUGAGUGCUGUGUCAUUCACUGUGCUGCUAUUCCUGAUAUUUCCUCUCACUGAACAAUGCUUUAGAGAGUAAACCAUAAGAAUGAAUUUAAAUUAACUAUUAUUUAUUAGUAUUCUAUGACGGCAGCAUAUAAUUCUGGUAAUAAAGCCUGGUACUGGUUAAUAAUGGUCAACAAACCUUCCAUCCAGAGUGACUUUUGAAAUGAGUAACAAAACAGUCUCUCCUUCAUCCAGACCUGAGAACUGGUGAUCUGUGAUGAAUUUGCCAUGGAUAGUGUGCCUUCCUUAUUUUGGGCAUCACCAUGUCUUUUGCUGGCAUCUCGAUGGGACCUUCCUUAUAAGAAAGUUACCCGUCACACAGUCACACCUGCAGCUGCACACUUCUGCCACCUUGAUUUGAGUUUCAGAAGCUCUCUGAUAGUUCACUUCCUGAGGGCAGUACUUUAGGAGAUCCGCUAUUGGCAGAAUUUUCUGCCUCCACACUUCUGUUGGGGAACCUCAUUGUUUUCAAAUAAUUGUUGGACAUGCCCACAGAGCUGCUCUCAGCGAGUGAUGGUAAAUUUGUAAAAUGACCUCAUACAGGUCUCUUCCUAUAAAACAGAUCUAAUCAAAAAUGCUAUUCAUCCUCGCCAUUGUUUGCAUCCAGGGCUCUUACCAUCUAACUGCUAAAACAAAUAAUUUCUAUUAUCAGUCACUAGGUUAAAUUCCAGAACUUGAAGCUUUAUUUCCUUUUGUGGUACUGUUGGAAUCUUUCAAAGUUACUUGUCGGUUGUAGAGUUACAAUGUUACAUUUAUAUUUGUCAAUGUAGUGAGAGUGUAGAAGUUUAAUACUCUAUAUAAUAUGUAGACCUCAGCAUUUCAGAGCAAGAGAAGGAAUAAUAGUGAAUUUUUGAAAUGUUCUUUUGCAUUAUUAAUGCUAUUCAUUUAUUUAAAUCACACAUUAUUCAAUUGUUUCAUUUUGAGAGGACCUAAAUACAGCUCCUAAACCUAUGAAAUUGUGAAUUUACAACUUCCAUGUAGAAUAAAUGGAAUUGGAAAAGUACAAAAAAGAUUAAUUACCUUGGAUGUUCCCAUGACAUUUCACAGCUAGAGAUGUUGAUCAUGCAGCUUAUGAUUUGAUCCAAAAUCUAAUUUUACCUUUCUUCUGUCUGGUACCCUCCCACAUAUUCACCAUUUCUCUCUCAUCCCAUUUUUGUAACUCUUGCCCUUCUCUGCCUACACCACUCCCGGUGUGAUCAGUUCUGCUUAUUCUCCAUACGCCAGUGCCUGGCUAUCAGCUAACCAUCACCAUUGCUAAUGCACAUAUCCUUCAGCAUAUGAUGAAGCAGACACUCUGCCCAUGGGCAGCCUAUGCCCGAGUGACUGCCCGUAAACAGCAGCCAACUGAAACCUGUACACAUCCAUUAUGCAAAGUCCCUGGCCUGUCCUCGACUAGCACUGGUCAUUUAAGACAGAAAUGAGAGGGAAUUUCUUCUCUUAGGGUCAUGAAUCUUUGGAAUUCCCUGCCCCAGAGAGUGGUGCAGGCUGAGCCAUUGAAUGUAUUCCAAAGCAGAGAUAGACAGAUUUUUGAACUAUAGGGGAGUCGAGGGUGAUUGUGUGGGGUUGGCGUGGUUUGUGGUGACAGGCAGGCAAGUGGAGUUGAAUCCAUGAGCAGACCAGUCAUGAUCCAAUUGAAUGGUGGAGCAGGCUCAAGGGGCCUUCUGACUACUCCUGCUCCUCUUAUGAUCUCAUUACUAGAGCUCAGAUUUUCAGUGGUGCAAUGGGGGAGGACAAGUGGACUUUGAAAGGAAUUCCACAGAAGCUCUUGCAUAAUUCUGUUGAAAUAUUAUGCAGUGAUUUUUAUGAUCAAUAAAAACAUUACAUUGUAUUUAUUUAAAAAUGCUGGAAUCAUUAUGUAAAAAGCUGUGACAAGAGGAUAGUGUUUAAAUAUUGCACAAUUUAUGGUCAAUAAAUUAAAACCAAGUAUGCA